AUGGUGGCAGAAUCAAAGGCCCGGGUCCUCAUUAUUGGAACUGGAGGUGUCGGUACCAUGACUAUCUAUGCUCUAGAAAUCGGGGCCAAGGCCGAGGCGACCGCGGCGUUGCGAUCCAGCCAUGAAGCUAUCAUGAAGAACGUCACCAGCAUCGACUCUCUAGAGCAUGGACAGGGCAUCAAGGGCAUUGACGAGAUUGGACGCAAGACGCCUCUUUUGGUAGACUUGAAAACGAGUGGAGAGAACUACAUGACGGAUUUUCACAACUCGGGUGGCAUGUCUGUACUUUUGCGCGAGCUGAAAUCUUUGCUAUACCUUGACGCCAUGACCAUCACUGGGCGGACACUCGGACAAGAACUAGCAUCAGCAACAAUCUUGUCAAUUCCUACAGACUUAAGCAUUGUACGACCUUUUGACGAGCCGCUUUACCCAGCAUCGUCUCUGGCCGUGCUUAGGGGAAAUCUGGCACCAGGUGGUUGUGUCAUCAAGGCAAGCGCUUCCAAAGUAAGACGACUACUAAAGCAUUCUGGGCGUGCCGUCGUUUUUGCCAACUCGGCAGAUCUGGCCGCACGCAUAGAUGAUCCCCAUUUGGACGUUACUGCAGACGAUGUGCUCGUCCUAAAGAAUAUCGGCCCUAUCGGAAACCCCGGAAUGCCUGAGGCGGGUGUCAUCCCCAUCCCUCGAAAAUUGAGCUCCCAGGGCGUGAUGGAUAUGCUGCGGAUAUCAGAUGGACGCAUGAGCGGAACGGCUGGAGGCACCAUUAUCCUCCACGUGUCGCCUGAAGCCGCUGAUCCAAAGUCUGUUUUGGGCAUCAUCGAAACUGGUGAUAUUGUUACUUGUGAUCUUGACAGCAGAUCCAUCAACGUGAAUCUUUCCUCUGAAGAAAUUGAUAAACGACAGGCCAAGAGAAUGGAGGAACUCAAAACCGCGGAUGCGCCAUGGAUGAGUCGAGAAGCCACACGAGGUUACAGAGGACUAUACAUGAGAACGGUCAAUCAAGCCGAGGAAGGCGCAGAUCUUGAUUUUCUUAGGGCCUAG